AUGGCAACAGCGCCGUCGUAUCAAGAAACGGAGUCGACUUCUCUUCUCUCUGUUUCCGUACUGAACGAUGACGAUGUCACGGAUAGCAAUAACGGAUGGUUGGGGUACAUUUAUGGGUUCAUUCCUUCUUGGAGUGCUAACGGUGGUGUUCUGGACAGAGCAGAUUCUGAUUCUGGUCGAGCGGACAAUUUUGGGCAUGGAUAUGGCUCUAACGGGGGUCAACUGGAAGCUGGUAGAAUUCUUGUACGGAAGUUCCGACUGGCUGUUGAAAACAGUAAAGGUUCUGUGAACUAUGGUAUUUAUUUUAACGGCGAAAGUGGUGGUGGUAGUGAAAUGGCUCUAAGUGAUUCGAUUACCGAAACCAGUCCUAUCUAUUACAAACUUUCGUCGAGUUCUCGUCAUCCGUCCAGCAAAGCUACGCAUAGAAAUCGCAUUGUUCCGAGCAUGGCUCAAACUUAUAGAGAUAUAACUUGGGUCACCAAUUUGAGACUCUGGAGCGAGAAGUUGGUGCUAAAGGAGAAGACUUCCGAGUGUCACUUAUAUGCUCGUAAGAACAUAGAGCAUAAAUUAGGGUCCAUUAAACGAAUACUUAUAAUUGGUGUGCACGGUUAUUUACCCAGCAAGUUUGUUAAAUCACAUGUGGGCGACAAUAACUAUGCAGAUGCCCUUUAUUUCACCCGUUCUUCGAGGAAGAUGAUGGAGACUUGGUUGAGAGAUCAAGGUAAAAAUCCUCAAGAUUAUAUAAUAGAUUGUGUGGCCUUAGAGGGCCAAGGCAGACACGAAAAACGGUUCGUCAAGCUUUGUAAGCUUUUGGCCAAUUGGAAGUCCAAAAUAGAGUCAAGUGAUUUUAUUUAUGUUGUGGGUCAUUGUCAUGCUACUAUAGUGGCAGCCAGUCUUUUGGCGCACAUCUUGAAUACCUACUCAUUGAAGAGCAAACAUAUUCCUGUGGGGUUCUUAAGUAUUGCAGGUAUCAAUAUUGGACCAAUUGUUGGUUUGGACUCUAAAUUAGUCAUAAGAGCAUAUUCAUCAUGGGAAAAUGAAGUAAUCAAUGAAUUAUUUGAACUCCAAAAACCUACCAGCAAAUUAAGUCAACGAUAUGUUAAAGACUUGGAAAUUUUGGUUAAUCAUAACGUCAAAAUAACCUUUUGUGGAAGUCUAACAGACCAAUUUGUUCCUCUAAUGUCUUCAUUGGCAUGUCACUUACUGCAUCCAAAUAUUUAUCGUUUUGCAUAUGUAGAGAAAAGCGGACAUGUGCCUCCGUUUUUGGUUACUUUGGGCAAGUUGAUUUUGGUUAUAAAAAACUUGGGUCAUUCGGAUUAUGAUUUAUUAAGAGAAUACAGCCAAAUAAUGGAAGAUUUGAAAUUGGACAAUAGUACCAGGUUAUCGCCUCCACUUAUUCCAUCAUCAGUUCCUUCUUCUAAUAGAGGAGGAGGAUCUCGAAUUUCAUCAGCAGUCGACUAUAACGUAAGUAGGAGAUCUUCAACGUCACCCCCCAAACUCAAUUCGUCUUUUUCGAAUAAGGCUGGCUCUACUAUAAUAUUACCUCGUUCGGCUACUACUACAUCCAAUGGUACUGGAGACCAUGGAAAGACAUUUAUUGAGGAACCACCACGUUCGUCCGACAGAUUUGUUGAUGAAGUUGAAGUAGACGAUGGACUCGAACACUGGAACAUUCAGCACGAUGAUAAUGUUUAUUAUGCCGGCAUUAAACAUGCUUUAGAAACAACAAGUUUGAAGCAAAGUCGAGGUUUACGAGUUUCGUACGAAAUGAGUAACACCAAGCGAGAACUAAAUUUGUUUCAUUUACCUUGGGAUUUACGACUAAUGAUUAACGAGCUUAUGCAAAUGCAGAACCGGAAUUUCCAUAGUCUAGACUUAAUCCGUCAGCUUGUGUCCGAUUAUCAUUUGUGGCAGCCUACGCAGAAGCAUUGGAAAGAUAUCAAAAUGUGCUUCAAUGGAGUUGGAGAGAUUGAUAUCGACGAAUUGAUAUUUUAG